AUGCUCCGUCGCGUGUUCCUGUCUCUUUGCCACAGUGUGCCGCAGCUUUCCAGCGUCGGUAUAUUUCCGCUGCAUUUGGAUCCGCCCACCGCCCAACACCGCGAGAUCUUCCGGCUGCUGAUUGGGGACACGAUCCCCGACCGCAGCCACGCUGGCCGCAGCGACAAUCAUGCUCGUGCCAUUGGCGGUGGCCCGCGCCAGGCCACCGGCAGAAGCCAGAUGGUGGGCUCGCUUUGCUGCCUUGACUCCCUUGCGGAGAGUUUGAAGAAGAGUGAGUGUGUGCCCUUCGAACACCUCAUUUUGGUCCCCAAUACACGAUUCCCCGUCUCCUUGCGUCUCUCCACGCACAUUGCUGCCUUGACAACACUCGUUGUGCGUGGCCUCCCUCGUGUGCACGUGGACUUCGCUGCGCUUGAGAACCCGGAUGAGGACAUGCAGUGCGUGUACGAGUUGACGCAGCGCUACCGCAACAGCACACUCGUGCACUGGCUGCAGGACGCACAUGAGAUGCAGAAAUGGGACCAUUUUAGUCAUGUUAAGCUUCACGUACCAGUUUUGCUGUUGCAGACGGUAAGCUUUCCUAUCAGCAUGCUGGGUAAGCCGCGCGACGCAAGGUUUAUGGAGAAGUAUGCCUCUAGCGCCUUUGGAACGUUAAAUACGCCAGAUCGGGCGACAACAACGCAACAAUCGCAAUUGGGGCAGCCUCAGCAGGAAAAUAACAGUGACGAUGCCGUGUCUCUCCCUAAGAAGGAUGACGGCCACGGCGAGAAGGCCGGCGACACUGGCAGCCGCAGUGGUCAGCGCAUGGCUUUGCCUCGAUGGGUGCAUGGGGGUGACGGUGAGGAGGAGGUGGAGUUUAGCCGGUCCUACUUUAGUUCCUCAACCUCAUCAUGGCUGGCGCCUUUACACAACAUCCCCUUGCUACUGCAGCCUUAUGAGCACACAGAGCUUAUCGCCCAUGGCAAGACUGACUCCGGCGCGAAAGGUCUGGAAAACAUCUUGCGAAGCAAGGGCAAGCUUGGAAACGGGAUCGAUAGUGCUCACCCAGGCAAUGCAGGGAAGACAAUGCAUGAUGCGAGUGGUGCAGGCAUGAGUGAGGGGAAGGCGGCAUUGCAAUCGAAUGGCUCCGCGGAUGCCAGUGGGGGGCCGUCGUCAGUAAAGGAGCCGAAAAAUAACGACGACGACGUCGUCGAGGAGCUUGAAGGCCUUAGCUUCUCAUAUGAUACUGUACCGGCUCGCUAUAAGGUCCGCCACCUCGUUGAGGAGCUUUUUUCUACGCAUCAAGGCAUGGAAGAAGGCAAUGGCGGUCCCGCCGCCAGCGCUUCGUCGCCGCAUGUUGAAGUACAUACCGUUCACCGCUGCACAGGGGCCGAUGUGCGUCAGGCACUUUGGGAGCGUGAGGUGGAUCCAGCACUGCUGCUCACAGAGCCAGUGUAUCGCUACAUCACUAGUCACGGCCUCUACCAGGAUUACCGCAAAGGCAACUGUGCGAGCAUGGGCCAGGUGCAGCAGUUGAGCGGCAGUGUUAAUAACAACAGUAGAAGUAGCAGCAGUACGACUACGUGGCGAAGGGGCAAAGUGCGGACGAUUGGUCCCUCCGCCACUUUGUCUUUCGCUGGUCUCAUACCGAGGCUGGAGCUGCACUAUGAGUCGAGCAAUUUGCUCGCCUGCGAGUAUUACGAUAAGCUUAGAUCGUUUGAGGUGGCUGCGGACGAGGAGCCAGAUCUUAUUGUACCCAUUGGCGGCGAUGGUUACAUGAUGCAUUGCAUUCGAAACAACUGGAGCCGGUUUAUUCCUUUUUUUGGUGUGAAUGCCGGGCACGUUGGCUACUUGCUGAACGACCCCACCACUCUGGGGGAACUCUUCUCCGCCCCACUGAAGCUGCACAGUUCGAUCAUGCUUUAUUGUCUUGCCGAGAAGGAGACGGAGUCCGGGGAGAAGGUGCUGCUCACACACUUGGCCUUCAAUGAUGCAUGGGUGGAGCGCUCCAGCGGCCAAACCGCCCAUAUCCGCAUUCUCGUAAACGGCGAGGAACGCAUUCAUUUGCUGCGCGGCGACGGUGUGUUGGUGUCCACCGCGGCCGGCAGCACGGCGUAUUGCCAGGCGCUAGGCGCAUCGCCCGUCCCCGUCGGGGCUCCGCUGAUUCAGGUUGUGGGCAGCAACGUCGUGUCUCCGGCACAGUGGCGGCCGACGCACCUCAACCAGGAGGACCAGGUGGAGCUGGAGGUGAUCGAAAGCUCCAAACGCCCGUGCCGCUGCUUCGUGGACGCCGUGGACGUGGGCACUGUCACACGCAUGCUGGUGCGUUCCAGCCGAGCCGCGGGGGUCGCAAUAGCCUUUACGAGCAGCUGCGACAUCAAGCAGAAGUUGUACCAGAUGCAGUUUCCAAAGACAAUGUGA